AUGGCGGUUGCUUCAACCAUCUCGUUGUCGUCAGCAACCGUCGCAAAUCGAGAUGUAGAGUCCCAGCACGUGUCCCAUUCGAACAAGCGUUCGCACUGGAGCAUCAUCACCGAUCAAGCCGGCGUCGACGACGAGGUCCUCAACCACAACUACGUCGGCCACGGCACCGCAGAGUCGCCAUAUAUCGUCGAGUUCUUACCCAACGACCCUCGAAACCCCAUGACCUUCUCCCGCCCCUUCAAAUGGACCAUCACCCUCAUAUCCGCUGUUUCUACCCUCGCCGUUUCAUUCACGAGCUCGGCCUAUUCCGGAAGCAUCGUUGAAAUCAACAACGAGUUUCAUGCACCCAGUCAUGUUGCCAUUCUCGGCGUGUCCAUGUUUGUCCUCGGAUUCGCCAUCGGCCCGUUAUUCUGGGCUCCCUUUUCCGAGCUCUAUGGACGCCAGAAACUGUUCAUCCUGACGUACAUGGCGCUGACUGCGUUCAACGCCGCUGGCGCAGCAGCCCCCAACAUGACUGCCCUUAUCGUCUUGCGAUUCAUGGCUGGCGCAUGGGGCUCAUCGCCGCUGACCAACUCGGGAGGCAUCAUUGCCGAUCUCUUUACCGCCAAGGACCGAGGCAUCGCUACCAGUAUAUUUGCCUUGGCACCAUUCUUGGGUCCAGCGUUGGGACCCAUUGCGGGUGGCUUUCUCGCCCAGGCCGAGGGCUGGCGGUGGGUGGAGGGGCUCACAGCCAUCUUCACCGGCUGUCUAUGGAUUGUUCAGUCACUGGUCGCUCCCGAGACAUACUCCCCGGUUCUUCUGCGCCGAAGAGCGGAGGAACUGUCCAGACGAACCGGAAAGCAUUACCUGUCCAAGGUGGACGCGUCAAUGCCUCGCAAAACGCUUGCCGGACGGCUCAAGCUCGCGCUGUCGAGGCCGUGGAUUCUCCUCUUCAGAGAGCCCAUUGUCUUUUUGACGGCAAUCUACAUGGCCAUCAUUUACGGCACGUUGUACCUGUGCUUUGCCGCGUUUCCCAUCGUGUUCCAAUCUCCAUAUCCAAAAGGUUGGGGUUGGAAGCCUGGCGUUGGGGGGCUUUCUUUCGUUGGCAUCGCAGCAGGCAUGACCAUAUCCACCAUCGGCACCAUCUUCGACAACAACCGAUACUCCCGCCUGGCGGCAAAGUAUGGCGGCGUGGCGCCACCAGAGACGCGGCUUCCCCCGGCGCUGCUUGGGGCUGUCCUCCUCCCCGUUGGACUGUUCUGGUUCGCUUGGACAAACGGUACCAACAUCCACUGGGCCGUGCCUAUUUCUGGAUCGGCAGUCUUUGCUGCCGGCCUUGUCUUGGUUUUCCUGUCGCUGACAAACUACCUCAUCGACUCAUACGUCGUAUACGCCGCGUCGGUUCUGGCUGCUAGCGCUGUGCUCCGAUCGUUGUUUGGAGCAGUUUUCCCUCUCUUUACCUCGUACCUGUACAGAGACCUCGGUAUCCAUUGGGCAAGCUCGGUCCCUGCGUUUCUGUCGCUUGCCUGCUUGCCGUUUCCUUUCUUGUUCUACGCCUACGGCGAGAGAAUCCGUAUGAAGUGCAAGUACUCUGCAGAAGCCUCCGUCAUUCUCCAGAGAAUGCUGGAAAAACAGGAACCGGCAAAGGAUGACGAGGCCGGUACAGAGGGCGAAGAUGGUGGCAUGAGGGAACCUGACCAACUGAAAACGGGAGCGUCACAGAAAGUGAAAUGA